AUGAGCUCCCCACUCGCCGAACCAGAGUACCACCCUUCACCAAAUUCCGAACCGGAGCGCCUCCUCUCACCAAACCCCCAACCGGAGCACCUCCCCAACCACAACUCCCACGUCCUCGAGCACUGCGAAAGCCAAUGCUUCGACCUCAUGGCGGACGUCUGCGACCUGCAGCGCGAACUGCGCAUUGCCCGAGCCCUUCUCUUCAUGUUGCAUUGGCGGAACGUGAUGAAACAGAUUGUGGAACGGCGCCAUGGGGUUCCGGACGCACCGUAUGUCGUGAGCUCGGGUGAGAAGCUGGUGAUAGAGUGGGCUAAGAAUCUGCAGAGGAAGAUUGCGGAGGCGUGGAGACUGGUUGAUGAGAAUGAUCGUUUGUGGGAUGUGGAGCUUGUUGCCGCCUUCGGAAAUCGAUCUUUGGGAGGGGGUGAGCGUGAUAGAGGGGAACAAAUCUCGAAUCUUGUUUAA